CAGAACCUGGCAACCUUGAGUGUGAGGGAGAUACCGAUGGUUGAGAAAGGCCAGACCGCAGGCUACUGCCGAGAAGGUAGCCGAACGCAUGAGCGUUUGGAGAAUCUGUUUCUCUUUAUAUCUUUAUCACGCUGAACUUAACAACCGCAUGAACUAACAACUAUGCGCCAUGUAAACAUGGGGCUUGAUUUACGAGCGCAUUACCUGUCCAUAGGCCUGUAAGUGUCGACGGUCAACCACCCGUCUCUGUCUUUAGAAUCUCCUGUCUACUGAUCCGCGCCACUGCCAGGCAAUGACAGCGGCUACGGCAACUCCGCAGCAAAUGAGAGACCGGCUGCUGCAGGCCAUCGAUGGCCAAAGCAAUAUCUGCAACAUGGUGGCCGUCAUGGAAGUCAUCUCCUAUUUGGAGAAAUAUCCCAUUACCAAAGAAACACUGGAGGAAACCCGUCUAGGCAAACUAAUCAAUGACGUAAGGAAAAAGACGAAGGAUGAGGACCUCGCCAAGCGGGCCAAGAAGCUUCUGCGCAACUGGCAAAAGUUAAUUGAGCCGGGGCAGAGCGAGGUGUCAUCUAAAGGGCACUCAAACAUGCCAGGCUCUGCCAAUGGUGGCACUUACCCCUGCCGAACAGACAUCUCCCCUCCAGCUGCCACUCCACCAUCAGGUAAAACGGUCCCAGAGCUCAAGAACAGAAAUGACUUCAACAACUGUUACUCCCCCAAAACUGAGAAGUCAGCUAACCGAAAACGGAAAGGGGAGCAGAGGGAUGGACAGCACUUGCCAGUGAAAAUUCCAAAAACAACUGCCAAUGACAAAGUGCACAACUCCUCUAGACCAACCAAUGGAAUCAUAGGUGGGCCGGAGGCUUUUACGGACAUGUUUGAUGUUCCGUCGGACAAAGAUAUUGUCGCUGAGCAUCUUGAGAGCGACAGACUAAACAAAAUCCCUGUCAAUGCUGUCAAACCUCACCCCAGUUCACAAGGACUCGGCAAACCUCCUAGCACUUCUGCCUUGCUGAAAGCAGCAGUGUUGCAGCAGCAGGCCAGAUUGGAGCAGGCUGCCUCGGGAGGAGGGCAUUGCCAACCCAAGAGUCCUCGUUCCUCCUCGCAUAGUCCUCGAACUUCCAAGCAAGAGUUGGUUGCAAGGCAACCUGCACUCUCUGCGCCCAAAGUAUCAACUCUUUCAAGUCCCACUCAGAGCACCACGUUUUCUGGGAUGGGGUCCUCUCCUUUGCCUUCUCCACAGCCUUUAACCCAGUGUGUCCAGGUAUCACACCCGGAUAGGCCUCCCAUUGCCGAGUCCUCCUUUCACUGGGAAGGACUGGCAGACUCAGACCCACACCUUCAGCACAGCAAUCGCAUAUCUGUCUCUCCUGGAGAGACUCUGCACAACUCCAAAUCCUUGUCACUUAGCAAAGGGGUUAAGAUUGAAGAUGAUGAUUCUGUGAACAUCACAGGGAAGAAAAAAAGAAAUAAAUAUAGGCCUAGAGACUACACUGUAAACUUAGACGGGCAGCCCACGGAAGAGAGCACAAAACCAGUCAGGUUAAAAGACCGAAGACUUACAUUUGACCCUGUAACUGGGCAGAUCAAACCAUUAUCCCAUAAAGAGUCUUACCAGGAGUCAGAGGUCACACCAGCGCCUGUUCCUCUAGAGCCUCACAGGACCGAACCACCUAAGCCAAGCCCCUGUACACAGAAUCUCCCUGUACCCCCUAGUCCCUUUCAACAGACUAACUGGAAAGAGUUGUCGAGGAACGAAAUUAUCCAGUCCUACCUUAACCGACAAAGCAAUGUGCUUACGUCUUCCGGGGCUCAAACUCCUGGGGCACACUUUUUCAUGACGGAGUACUUAAAACAAGAGGAAGAUCAUGUCAAAGAGGCCAGGAAAAAGCAUACGUUGGCACCGACUAUCCAAGAUGCACAGUUACCUGGAGUCGACAGAGAGGUUACAAGUGAAGACCUUGUCAGAAUACACAAAGAGCACUGGCCUGGGGUUAAUGGAUGCUAUGACACUAAGGACAAGUGGUAUAAUUGGACAGAGUGCAUAUCCUUAGACCCACAUGGGGAUGAGAGCAAGUUGAACAUACUACCAUACAUCUGUCUGGACUGAGAGUUCCUUUCUAAAGAGCGGGAGCUAAGUAGCCUCCAUGAGUACCUCAACGAGAGAGAAAGGUUAAGACUAUGCAAAGGCAAGUUUUCAGGUAGAGAGCCAGAUGUGGUCACUCCUUUGCUGCUUUCCUUUGUUGAUGUUAGAGAGGCUUCGGGAAGUAGGCCACCAGUAAAGGUAGUGACGGAUCAGUGUUGGGUGGGAGGCAGCUCGGCUGUGGGAAUCACAGUUCCCUCAUUUCCUUUCGUGUGACAUGGGUUAGGCUAUGCAUUAUCUGCCAAUGUUUAAAGGUGCCUAGUAACUUGAAGUAAGCAAUGUGUUUGGCGGGUACAGUACAAUCUGGCAAGUGAAACAGAACAGUGUGGUUACCAUGUAUGAACUUAUUUAUCUUGACUUUUUCUUCUUCACUUUGUUUGUUACAUACAUGUGCAGAAAUGUCAUUGAGAAAGAGACCCAUUUACUUAGCUCUGCUUGUCGGAAAUGGUUAACCUGUGUUCUGCACAAACGUUUUGAUUUCUUCCUGCAGUAUUAUCAUUCCAUACUGCCAUACUGUUUUCUUGCCCGGGGGCCUGAACACCACAUUAAAACAUCUUGCAAAAUUACUUUUGGAAAUGUGAUCUAGAAGCAGCAUUUUCCUUUUAUUUGCCUUUUCCCACUCAUGUUUUUAGUUUGUAAAAUAUGAAUUGAAAGGCAACACAGAUAAUGCUAUACAACAUUGCAACUUUGUACUGUGAGGAAAACUGAAAAUAAAUUGUUUAUAUGCUGGAAA